AUGCAUUCCUCAAAAGAAAAAAUAUGUCAUAAAGAGGACGGACCAAGCACGAACGUUGAUAAUGCAGAGAAUGAAAAUGAUGUAGAUAAUGCAGAAAAUGAAAAAAAUAAAAAUAACGAACUUGAUGUAGAUAAUGCAGAAGAUGCAGAAAAUGCAGAAAAUGAAAAUGAUGUAGAUAAUACAGAAAAUGAAAAAAAUAAAAAUAACGAACUUGAUGCAGAAAAUGCAGAAAAUGAAAAUAACGAACUUGAUGUAGAUAAUGCAGAAAAUGCAGAAGAUGGUAAAGAAACGAAGAAAAGGUCGAGACAAAAUGAUGAUAAGGACAUAAAUGAUUUAGGCCCUAAAAAAAUAAAACAAACAGAUAUUUCAGAAGAAGAUAACCAAAACGGUAUGGAGGAAAAGUGUGAUAAGCUUAAUAUUAUUGAUCAAAAUGAAAUGCAAACAAAAGGGGAGGAUGAUCAAACUGAAAUACAAACAAAAGGGGAGGAUGAUCAAAAUGAAAUGCAAACAAAAGGGGAGGAUGAUCAAAAUGAAAUGCAAACAAAAGGGGAGGGUGAUCAAAAUGAAAUGCAAACAAAAGGGGAGGAUGAUAAAAAUGGAGAGGGCGAAAAAAGUAUCAAUUAUAAAAAUUGUGCCAUAUCUAAUAAAAAAAGUGAAAAAGAAAAUUUUUACAGUGAACAAAAAUUUGAAGAUUUAGAUAUUUGUGAUGCUUUAAAAAAAGGACUAAAAGAAUUAAAUUUUAUUACAUUAACAGAAAUACAAUCAAAAUGUAUUCCACAUUUUUUAAAUGGAAAAGAUAUAUUAGGGGCAGCUAAAACUGGAUCCGGAAAAACAUUAGCAUUUCUAGUUCCUUCAAUUCAUAUAUUAUAUAAUAUAAAAUUCUUACCUAAAAAUGGAACAGGUGUAUUAAUAAUAUCCCCAACAAGAGAAUUAUGCUUACAAAUAUAUCAAGUGUGUACAGAUUUAUGUAAAUAUAUACCUCAAACAAAUGGUAUAAUAAUAGGGGGGGUAAGUAGAAAUGAAGAAAAAAAAAAAUUUAUACAUGGGAUAAAUAUUUUGAUAGCAACUCCAGGACGAUUAUUAGAUCAUAUGCAAAAUACUAAAGAGUUUAACUACAAAAAUUUAGUAUGCUUAAUUAUAGAUGAAGCUGAUAGAUUGCUUCAAAUAGGGUUUGAAGAAGAAAUUAAUUUAAUUGUAAAAAGGUUACCAAAAAAAAGACAAACAGCUUUAUUUUCAGCAACACAAACAACAAAAGUAGAAAGCUUAAUUAGACUAUCUUUGCAAAAACCUAUAUUUAUAGAAGUUACUACAAAAAUUGCAACAGUCGAAAGAUUACAACAAGGUUAUGCAUUAGUAGACGAAGAUAAAAGAUUCCUUUUAUUAUUUACUUUUUUAAAAAGAAAUACUUCAAAAAAAAUAAUGGUUUUUUUUAAUAAUUGUAUGUCUGUUCAAUUUUACAAUGAUUUAUUAAAUUAUAUUGAUAUACCAACUUUUUGUAUACAUGGAAAAAAAAAACAAAAUCAGCGAUUAAAAAGCUUUAAUGAAUUCUCUGCUGCAAAAAAUGCUAUUUUAUUAUGUACAAAUGUUGCAGCAAGAGGAUUAGAUAUACCAAAUGUUAAUUAUAUUAUUCAAUAUGACCCUCCUGAUGAUUCAAAAGAAUAUAUACAUAGAGUAGGACGAACAUGCAGAGGAAAUGAUUCUGCUGGAUCAGCUAUUAUUUUUUUAAUGAAACAUGAGCUUAAAUUUUUAAAUUAUUUAAAAUUUUAUAAUAUACCAGUCAAUCAAUUUUCCUAUGAUCAAAAAAAACUCAUAAAUAUACAAUCACAAAUGGAAUCGAUUGUUACAAAAAAUUUCCACCUUCAUAAAAUGGCACGCGAGGCCUUUAAAUCGUACUUAAAUGGAUAUGUGACUUACGCAUUGAAAGAUGUCUUCGAUAUAAAUAAUCUGAAUUUGAUGCUAACAUCCAAAAACUUUGGAUUGGAUACCCCACCAAAAGUUGAUUUAAAUUUAAAAUUUAAUGUCAAAAAAAAAAAGUUUAAAUAG